GAAGUUGAAGGGCUGGGAGGAGGCUCGGGAACAAAUGGCCGCAGCUGGACCAACCAUGCUGCUACGAGAGGAGAAUGGCUGUUGCAGCCGGCGUCAAAGCAGCUCCAGCGCAGGGGUUAGCUCGGGUUCUGGGAUUGAGGGGCCGUCGGGGAGCAAGAUGGGGGGACGGAGGGGGAACUGCAGCUCCCGGCAGCCUCUGGGCUCCGUGUGAGCGCCCCGCGGGCUGUCGGGAGCUGUGGUUCCGCGGGCGGGCAGCAGCCGGGGCGGCGCGGUCUGAGCGCCUGUCCCGCCCCGCUCAGGACUCAGAUGGGGAGCGCGAGGACUCACCGGCUACGCGCGCUAGGCAGCAGCUGGAGGCGCUGCUCAACAAGACUAUGCGCAUUCGCAUGACAGAUGGACGGACACUGGUCGGUUGCUUCCUCUGCACCGACCGCGACUGCAAUGUUAUCCUGGGCUCGGCGCAGGAGUUCCUCAAGCCGUCGGAUUCCUUCUCUGCCGGGGAACCCCGUGUGCUGGGCCUGGCCAUGGUACCUGGACACCACAUCGUUUCUAUUGAGGUGCAGAGAGAGAGCCUGGCAGGGCCUCCCUAUCUCUGAACACGAUCGCGCAUGCCUUUCAGACUUCAUUAAAUCUGUAACCGAC